AUGCUCAACUUGGCCACAGAGACAAUUGAGGGAGCAGAAGACCCUGGAAACCUAUUCCGCAAGAAGCAACACAUUCUUUCUGUCUUAAGCGUCUUGGGCCUACUGAACCUGAAGGGAUGCAACGAGGAUGUGCCUGAGUCUUCAAAUGGUUCCUUUGGUGUGAUGGCUUUUACAUUGCUUUUUGGAUUUUUGUGUUUGCUUGCAUGGAUAUGGAUGCGUGGAGAGCGUGUUGAACUUACAGCUCCACUUGAACCAGAUGCAGAACCAGAAACGACGACAAAUCCUCACAGUGUGGAUGACUACGCUGAUGUCAGCCAUGCAGAAGUCAGUUUGACCCCAACAUAUUUCAAGCGGCUCUCUUACAAGUUGCUGAGGCAACUACUGCAGCUGCUGCAGCAGCACAGAGUGCAGCAGCAUCAGCCAGCGCAUCAGCAAGCGCUGUGGGCAGUGCAGGUGCAGGCAAUGGUGGAACUGCAUCAUCAGGUCUCUGGAGGACCAUCCAGUGGACAUGCUGAUGUCCCACCUGCAGUUGCAGCAAAUGAUGAUGAUGUUGUGGGAGUUCCCAAUCCAAGUUUGCGCUUGGAUGCACCCAGCACUCCAAUUGAUCUCUUGGCAGCGCCUUCGACGCCACCAUCUCCACGUGCAACACCCACUACAAGGGUACAUGAUGCUGAAGUUGAGGAGGAGCACUCUACAAAGAGGUUCAAAGAGGAUUCCCAGCGUGUUGGUGAGGAGGAGUUCAAUGAAGCAAACAACAGAGCUGGUGGAAGAAAUGUCAUGCAACUUGCGCGUGUGGUGGCACGGGUAAUUGCAGUUAUGGGCCUUGAGCCUACACGUGCAAUGGGACAAGGAGAUGAGACUUGUUCCAGCCCAAGCCCUUCAACCAAUGAAUGGUGGUUCAAGCUUGGCAUUGCAAUCUUGGUUGUCAUUUUGAUCGCAUUUGCAGUUGGAUGUUUUGUGGUGCGCAGGUAUGUCAAGCAAUUGCUCCAUGACCUCUACCACUUGAGCGUCCAAGUUGCCGAGGCUGAUACAGUCAUUGGUGAGCACAUGCAACAGGUGCCCGCCAUACAAUCAAGAUUGGACGGCCUGAUGUUACAAGUUGGUGAUGUGAGCCAACGCGUUGCUAUGCUUUCAAACCAGGUGGUUGAAACACAAAACCAAUUGGAAAUGGUAAGUGAUCGACAGGAUGGCCUUCACUUUGCCAUCAUUGAGAUUGGAGGUUUUGUGAGAUAUCACGAUCUCACAGCACGAGAACGUAGCAGUAUGUUCACUCAGGAACGUGGAAACAUGAUGGCCCUGAACACCAUGGGGGCCAGCCAAUACCUGAGAGCCAUUCGAGCCCAAUCAAGGGCAUUUGUCAGAGGAGGUGAGGACACAGACCCGCCUACAAUGGAGGAACCACAGCAGCAUGAAAUGGAAGUUGAUGAAAAUGAAAAUGAAAACGGAGAAAGUGAAAAUCGCACAGACGAUGAAAUCAUUACAAGAGAGUUCAAUCCAGAACGCAACAUGGAAACCAGACGAGGUGAACUGACAGCCACUCUGGAUGACUUGAGACGACAGCUGGAUGAAGCUUUGGUUGGUGGACAUUACAGUGAUGGCGCCGAGAUCCAGCAGACAAUUCUCAUGGUGCUGGACCAUUUGAAUAAUGGUGACUUGCGCCUUCCAGACCAAAGACGUGUAAUGUACCUCCAGUGUGCCGAUAGAAUGCAACAGCUGUCAAAUCGGGUCAGGAGACGUGGCAACAUAGCCUUAGCUGAUGUCUACAUGGAAUAUGCAGCAAGCUAUCGAAACUCAGUUUGA